AUGUCCGAGUCUCCCUCCGUCAAGCCGUUCGGCUUGACGCAGGUGUACGCUCCGCGGGGGGAGAUCCCCACCGUGGAUAUAGUCUUCGUCCACGGCCUGAACGGGCAUCCCCAGAAUUCAUGGACCAGCAAAUCAGGCUGCUUCUGGCCAGUCGACCUCCUUCCAGACGUGCUUGCAUCGCUGCGUCCGCGCAUCUUAACCUACGGCUACAAUGCGAACGUUGCCGCAUUCACGGACGGCGCGUCGCGCGAUUCCAUCGUGAGCCACGCCGAGACGCUGGCAUCAACGCUUGCUGCGAAUCGCAACCUCCGAAGCUGCUCCGAUCGGCCCAUCAUCUUCGUCUGUCACUCGCUCGGGGGCCUUGUCGUGAAGCGGGCCCUGAUCUAUUCCCGCAGUCUAUCCAACGAGAAAACCGAACACUUGCGCUCUGUUUACGUCUCGACGUUCGGUAUCCUUUUCCUCGGCACCCCACACAACGGGUCGGACAUCGCCAAAUGGGGUCUAUUGUUGCACAACAUCUGUACCGCCGUUCUUCCCAAGAAAGUGAUGGAAGGGUCACCACAGUUGAUCAAGGCCCUUCAGACGAACAACGAGACGCUGCAGCAUAUCAACAGCCUGUUCGCUGAUAGCAUGAGCCGUUUCCAUAUCUAUCUCUUUCACGAGACCCGAUCGACGGAUGUGCGUGGCACGCGGGAGAUCAUCGUCGAUGAGGCGUCUGCAGCACCCUACUUCGAAGGUGUGGAGCGAGGGGGGAUUGAGGCAGAUCAUAGCCAUAUGUGCAAAUUCGAGGACGAGAAUUCGCCAGGCUAUGAAGUGGUCGCUGAAGCUAUACUUCGGUAUUCUCGCCAGGCACCUUCUGUGAUUGCAGACCGCUGGAUCGAAGAGCGGAGAACACGUAUCCUCGAGAAGAAGGCCAAAGCGCGUGAAAUCUAUGACGGUGACGAUGACAGAGACGCCCCGCUGGGCCACAGCAUGCCCGAUCUGAAGUCGCCUGAUACUGGUCGCUCUGUACCGAGUCUCCCUCGCGGGUCUGCCACGGAUGGUCGCAACUCCCCGGUGUCUGGGACGGGUCCAAGCGGCGCGUUCCAGCUUUCCCAGUCAUUGGAUGGCCUGCCUCUGCAUAAAGACCCGCCGCUUUUUGUCGCACCCCCUGGGUUCCAUCCGAAUGCGACCUUCUUCGGAAUGCAGAAGGAACUUGAGGAACUCCAUAAACGAUUAUUCAAGGCCAAAGCGCGUGCAGACCGGACCAUGGCUGUUCUGAUCUCUGGGGUCCCAGGAUCCGGGAAGACUCAUCUUGCACGCCAGUACGUCUUUGCGCAGCGCGAGUGCUAUACUGGUGGCAUCUUCUGGAUUGAUGCCAAGUCUCGCGAAUCCGCCUACAAAUGCUUCUGGGAGAUCGCCCAAGCCGCCACACUAAUAGACCAGAGAGAGGCCAAGGAUCCCAGUUACCAGGAAUCUCGUACUUAUGUGAAUGCCGUUCGAAACUGGCUCCAAUCACGGCACGAGUGGCUAUUGAUCUUUGACGGAAUUACAUUCGACCACGAUGACGAUAUCAAUGACUUUCGACCGUUUCUUCCUUGGAACAAACGGUGUAAUAUUAUUUAUACCUCUAUUGAUGCUACGCUGCGGAAAAAACAGCGUUUGUUUGAGCCAUACUGCCUGUCUAUGCCGCGAUUAAAGGUCGAAGACGCCUGCAGGCUUCUCUACAAGGACCUCGGUAUCAGGAGACCCACGCCGGAACAGGCGUCCAGAGCCACGGAACUGGUUGAACACUAUGAAUGCCUCCCUCUCGCGAUUCAUGCUAUAGGCCAUCGACUCAAUGCUACAGGGAAGCCCAUUGAAAAAUACCGCGUUAAGCAUCAGGUGACCGACAAGAAGCUUGCCGAGCCAUUUUUGAGCAUCAUGAACGAUCUAUUUCGUCUGAACCAGCGGGAAGCCUUGAAUCUGAUCAAUCUACUGUCAUUUCUUGGCCACCAUGUCCCCGUGGGGCUUCUCGUCCUUGGAAGGUCUGAAAUGACUGCGGAGAAUGCGGAGAUUUUGUCCAGUACCCAAGCAGGAGAGGAUCCCGACCUGGAUACCACGCUGGGCACACUUAUCCACUACGGACUGAUCGAGCGGACCUCAGAUGCAGCCCUGGCGUUCCCGCAAAAUGGAUCCACACACCACUCCAGCGACGAGAUGCAUAGUGAAUCCAAGGGUGCUGCAGAACUGACUGAGUCCAUGACAGAAAGUAGUCAGGAGGGCUUUUUCUCCCUUUAUCGUGGUAAUUCCCUCGUGGACGUGGUCAAGAUCCACAGUGUCGUGCAGGGCUUCUGUCGCGAUGAGCUAAAAAUCAAGGAUGAGGAAUACAAGGAGGUCAACCAGCAAAACCCGGGGUUCUACGACUCAUGGUUGAUCGUUGCUACUCGUUUCCUGUGCAAAUCCUACGAGACGGCCAAGGAGAGGAUGGCUCACUAUCAUGACUGCGGACUCGUCCGUGACUAUCGCGAGUAUGAAACUCACGCGUCUCGUCUGGGGGAACUUUUCCCCAAGAAACCCUCGAUUGGGAAUCACCCGCAUGUCAUUCGUGAGGCACGAGAGAACCUCCGGCAGUUGAUGAAGAGUAUCAGCAACGAGAUUGAUCGCAUGUCCCCAAGCUCUUCCCAGGAGUCUGCUCGCAAUCAGAAGUCUGUGUUUGACCGGUCGAGUAGCUCGUCCUCAUCUUUUCCGGAUUCUUCAGCCGAUGAAGGCGUUUCCCGCCAGUCCACCUGGAACUGGACAGAGUCAGGAUCUGCUCGUGCGGAGUCACCAGAGGAAAUGAUGGCUCCCCCUCGGUUUAGAUUGGAGCUCUUUCCACCUCAUAUCUUCCGACAAGCUGGCUCGGAGUCGGAGGAUGGUUACGAAACUGAUGGCGAAGCGAAAGAAGCGCCUCGAAUUUCUCCCGCGCUCUCGCAAAUCAGCCAAGCUACAGAGAAGCCGAACCAACCCCCUGCUUUGUCAAGUCCAUCAGUUCCACCUGGUGAUCAGCGAGAUUGGCAGCUUGUCGACCAUCAUUCAAAAUCCCGUUCAGCAAGACCAAGGCAGCCAAGGAAGCGGCCGCGAGGACCUGGGAGGCUCCGAGGGGCCAAAACAGACACUCCGUCGGUGAAAGUCUCCCCAAUCCUGGGAAUGGGAUCAUCCAGUCGCAUGGAAACGGAGCGAGGUGGAAGCUCUGCGGUCCUGGCUUCGGCAGCUGAAAGAGCACUUGCGGCAGUUCGACGGGCCAGCAAUGGCCAAGCAGGCCACGAGAACAUCAACCCAUCUCCACUGAAUACACCGCCGUCCAACAAAGAAAAUGUGCCGACAUAUGCAAGCAUCGCCGCCCGGCGGAUGCUUGAAGCUACUGAAGCCCCAAUGAGACGACCUUCGUCCAUGCCUGCUUCUCGUGCGCCUGAAGUGGCCUCUAGACUACAGUUGAAGUCAUCCGUCGAGUCACUCGAUAGUCAGGCAAGCCAUAUCUUCACGUCUCCGCUCUCCCAUGAGCUAAUGUCUCACGAAAUCUUGGCCGAGCCACUGACUCGAUCAACCUACAGUGACCCUGGUCGAGAAGGUCUAGGCCAGCCGCUAGGUGCGGUGGAUCUAUACACGGCACCUAAUUCUCAAUUUCACUCUCGGCAUCCGUCGAUUCAGGCUACUUUUGAACCUGUGACGCGAGACUUGUCGGCAAGCACUCCAUCUAUACUUCCGUAUGCAAUCCCCGUUCGGGAACUGUCCGCGAGUACGCCGUCGCUGCUUGCAUACCCACCUCCGCCGCCGUUGCCCUACGACCAGGACAUUGCGAUCACCGUUCCACGCAGGCGUUCCAUCCCUCAGAACGGCCCCGGUCCGGCCUUCUCUUGCCCCACAGCCGCCAAACCGGUCGCAGUUGCCCACCCAUCCGCCAUCAUGCCCGGGGCUCUCCCUCUCUCUGCAAUUACAUCUGAUUCAACAGUUGUUCAAGCCACCGAGCGUCCCGGGCCUGAAGCUCUCUCGCGUGGCUCAUCCGCCUUCUCACACCAGUCCUGGGCUACAGAACCCGUCCGCUAUCCACCACGAUUUUCCCGGGCCCCAAGUUCCACACAGCCCAGCGACAUGUCCCGCGGCACGUCCCAACAGGCACUCUCCGGUGCCGAUAGCUGGGCCGCCGACCUUCGCCUCUCAGGUAGCUCCAUCCAAUCCGACUCCCUCUAUCCGGGCCCACCGCCAACCCAUCCACGACUGGGUUCAGUUGAUGAGCGCCUUAGGGACAUGGAUCUAGCUAGGGAUCUUGAGAUUGAGCCUGCACAGCUCUUGCACUUCGGUGGACACCGCGUCGACGUUCGUGAUGCAAAGAAUAGGUUGCAUGAAAGGGGACGACUCCAGACGCCAAGACAUGUCCCUGCAUACCAAUUGUACCAUCCGAAUCUGUCGGGGCCAUUAAUCCAGGAUGGUGGACAUGUCUAUGUGCCGGCGCAAGCGUCGAGGGUGUACGAGGUGCGUACCAGGAGCGGAAGUUCCCCGCCCAGGCCGAGUUAUCAUGGCCUCGACGUGCAGUUUACAGAUCGUGCUUUUGAUUGA